CAUUUAUUUUUUUUUCAUUUUCAGUUCUCUCAGCACUAUAAGUUCAGACUUUUUAUAACUAAAAUAUCGUUCAUUUAAUUUUUAAAAAUAUAUAAAAUAUUUUUGUGUAAGUAAAUUGUGUAUAGAAAAUUAUUAAGUUACUAUUAUUAAUAUUAAUAAGUUUAUAAUAUUAAAUAGGUACCUACUUAUAAGGUUAAACAGAAUAGGUAUAUUAUUAUGUUUAAACUUUGGAAUUGAUUUUUACUUUUAAUUUAAAAUAAGCACUACUUAAAAUAAUUAAGUUAAUAAAUACCAUUAUCAAAUUUGUUGAUAAAAUAUGUACAUUUUUGUAAUUUUUACUUUAUAAAUAUCAUUAUUUCCAAACUAAUUUAUUAAUGCAAUUGUAAUUACUUACCAAAUUUUAUCAAGUGAAAAUAUUUUUAAUAAAAUAUUAUUGUUUUUUAACAGCUAUUAACAAUGCGAGCAUACAGGAUAUUGAAGAAACUGUUGCCUUCUAGUGGAGGCGGUGAUGAUUUUGAAAAAGCCAAAAAAGCUAUACGUUUAACUAGACAUGGUUGUGCAAAUAGACCUUUCUAUCAUAUUGUUGUUGUACUUGUAAGUAUAAACUACUAAAUAACAUUUGAUUUCAUACAUUCACCAAGAACAUUUUCAUUAAUUAGCAAAAACGUGAUUGUAAAGCCCAUCCGAUUGAACAACUUGGCACAUACGAUCCUUUAAUAAACCAUAACGGAGAAAAAUUGGUCAGUUUAAAUUUGGAAAGAAUUAAAUAUUGGAUGGCAAAAAAUGCACGAUUAAGUAAUCCAGUGGCUGAAUUAUUAGGUAUGUGUAAAAACUUUGAAUUAUACACAUGUUUUAAUUUAUAAUUAGGUAAUGUAUAAUUGGAAUAAUAAUAGUAAUCGGAUUUGGCCUCUCAGAAUAAGUUUACCCAAUACAAAUUGUGUUAACCAGAUCCAGGCGAAUUCCUAUCUACAUAAAUUGGAAGUGUUCAGACAUCUCAACAUCGAUAUUGAUAAAACCAAGCUUCAACAAGAGCCAUCUAAAAUAAUUCUGAAUGUGUUAUUAGAAAGAAAUGUUGCUGUAAAACAGAUAUUUAUAUCGGGUACUUUAGAGACCAACCAAAGAUACUUUCUAAAAACUGAACUGCACAUGCCUGUCCAAUACCAAUAAUAGGUUUAAUAAUUCUACUCCACUCAUAUAUAACACUAAUUCUUGUUCUAUCUUUAAGUUUAGUCAUAAGAUAACUUAAAAUAUUAUAAUUAUGUUGAGUAUUACCAAAAUAUCUGUGGUUUACGUACUUAGUUGGAUAUCUUACAUUGUAACUAUUCUCUAAAUAACUUUGUCUUCUAUAGUAUUAUAUCUUAUCUAAAAUCUGGUUAACUCAGACUUUUGUGACACCGAAAUAGGCAUUGUUGGCUAUCAGUUAAUUCACUCUGUCAGGAAUGUAAAUACAAGUCCUCGCUUUAAAUGUGGUGAUAUUCUAAUCGCGGUUUAGAAUGUGUAUGCCGCAAAAGUCUUAUCUUUACCAGUUAAUGAUAUUGAACAACUAUUUAGUUUUGUAACAAUUGAGAACAAGAGACUCAUUAUGGGCAGGGUUAAUUUCUCGCUGUUCAGUAAAUUAGCGAAUUCGUCCACACGAAAUACUCCGAUUACAAAUUUAUUACUAUAUGUUAGCUAAUGUGAUUUAUCUAAUUUCGAUGUUGCUUUUUCUCCUUUCACUGUUCUGUCUGAUUCCAUUCAUAUCUCUAAAUACAGAUCAUUAUACGUCUAUUUUUCUUCAAUUAACAGAGUAUUAGCCACGUGUAAUAACCAUCUAAAGAAUAUUGACACAUUUUAUUGCUCUCAAGGUGUGAUAGGAUUCAAUAUUCUUUCUUUCUAAACUACCUUUACUUUAUUUGUUUUUUCUAGUUUAUUGUAUGCUUAUAUGUAAAGAUUUUAAACGUUUCUUUUUUUCAAUGUAUUAUAUAGGUACCUAAUACCUACUAAUGUAGAACUACAAUAUUGUCUAAUAAUUGUUAUUGAUCUGUAUGUUAUGCCUUUAGACGUGUAUUUCGAUAAAUAGGUAAAUAAAUAGGGCUCGGAGGUUUAUUCAUCUAAAAUUAUCUAAUUAUGUACUGUGUAUACAUUUGUAUAUAAAUCAAUAAUUUAUCAACUAAAUAUGGAUCAAUUAUCUUAAAAUAUUCACUUACACUCCAAUUUUUAUACGUAAAAACUAUUUAUAAUAUUAUACUGACUAUUUGUGUUUAGGUAUAGGUAUAUGCCAGUAAAAUUGAAAAAAAAUUUAAUAAAUUAAAACAAUAAAUAAUAUAGGUAAUACCCAUUGAAAUAGGUAUAAUAUAGGUAUUUUAAAAUUAAAAAAAGGACGGUUAUAUUUUGCACAUAGAUGUAGUCACUGUUGAAAGGGGGAAAUUGGAAAGGUAGGAUACUUAGAAUUCAAUGUAUAUUUGUAAGAAACGAUAACCCAUUGCUAACGAAAAAAAACGAUUCUAAGCAAAGUUCUUAUAAUAGUGUUGCUUUGUAAACAAUGUAUAUAUUAUGUCAUAUUAUGAUAAAAUGAUUACAACAAUGUAUGUUUUCUAGACAACAAUGAUUGUUUAAAAAAGAUUAAAAUAAUAAAAACUUGAUAAAAACUGUUGCCAAUGACAACCUUACUUUUAAUCUUUCAAUCUUUUUUAACCUAAGGAACCAGAUUUUCCUCAUUAUCUCGAAGAUUAAUGAGAAUUUCAAAAAUAGCCUAUCUUAAGUACUACCCGGAGUACAUUUCUUUUUCUUUUCAUUUCCUUUCUAUAUUUGAUAAUCUGAAUAAACUUUUUGGUAGAAAAAGUGUUCACAUAAGAAAAAUAAACAUCUUUGUAAUACCAGUACAUUUUUCGUUAAACUCAGUAUCUAAAAUAAACAUAAAUAUUCUGAAAAAUGUAUUUACAGUCACAAAAAAUUAAAAAUAUAAAAUUUUCAUUCAGUAGAUUAUAAAUAAAAUUUGUAUCUAGCAUAAAAUAAGCAUUAAUUAAACUAAUAAAAAAAAAAACAUAUGCAAUUUCAUAAACAUAUGAGCAUUAAUAAUGAAGAAUAUGUUUGUUUAUUUAAUUAAAAGUUGUUUUGUAAGCAGAUUUACUACUUUUAUCAUUUAAUUGUCCAGAAAACAUAUUUAAAUAAUUAUUAUAUUACUUAAUAACCAUGAAUACCUAUUAAUAUGUUUUUUUUGUUAAGGUUUAUCUGGAUUUUUACCCAUUCAUCCUCGUACAUAUAUGACAGCAUGGAGGAAUAGACAAAAAAAUCAAACCGAAGCCAAUACAAGUGAAACAGCAACAAGCAGUUAAAUAAAUAUAUUGCUUAUUGAAUAUUGUAGAUAGUUGAACUGUCAUAGUACUUGGUAUAGCAUUGUGGCAAAUGUAUUUUCAUAAAAUUAAAAAUUAAAAAAAAUGUGUACAUAAUAUUCAUUGUUGUUGGAAUGUCUCAUAGUAAUAGUAAACAAAAUACAAUUAUUUCAUCAAAACAGAUAAAUGAUAAUAAUGUUACUAAUUUUAUAUGUAUAAAAAAAAUAAUAUUUUAUUUUUCUUCAAACUUAUACCAACAUACUAUUAUUACUUUGUUAGAAGUUUUUUUUUAAAGUCAUGUUUUUUAAUGGUAUUACUAAAAAAUUAUGAUUAACAUUUGUCAAUAAACAUAGGAUGACAUUUUUUUUUAACAAGCAAUUGUGUUAAAAAAUAAUAAUUCUGUGAAUAGUUUUUAAGAAAAAUAAAAAAAUAUAAUAAUAAGGUAUAAAAUAAAUAAUAUUAAUACAUUUCACUAUCAUAUGUUAAGAUUCUUAAUAGUCAAAAGACGAUGACAAACUAUCCUUAUCAUUAUAAUGGUCAUCGGGAUUAUUUUCCAUGGCUCGGCCAAGUGUGCUCACAAUUGACUUGGCUUUGGAUGAUACAUACCGGUCAAUUUGACCUAAAACCGUCAUGAAUUGUAUCAUUUUCUCCAAAUUAGAAUUGAUUUUUUCAGCUCUUUCUUCAUCUGAAAUCUGUGACCGUGGUUUCUGGUAUGGUUCUUCCUGCAGGAAGCGGCCGUGAAUAUUUCGUGGUUUCUGUGUUUGAUAUGUGUCUAUGAUGGGAUUACGACCACUACGAGUUGGGUGAUUAUUCCCUUGAAAAAUAUUUAAAA